UGGAGAACUGGGUGAAGGAUCAGGGAGCGGAGACCAGUUCCCAGGCAGUGGCCCUGGUCGAAGGUCUCCUCCUGAGCCAGGCAGAGGAGAAGCAGCAGCAGGAGAUGUUGAAGGGAUGCUGGCAGAAGGGGAACAAUCCGAAGUGUCACCGAAAGGAUCCAAAGAGGAAGGGGAGCAAAGGAAGCUGAGGGUUCAAGAUGGAGGCAGAAGGCGAGAGGGGAGACGAAAGCAGAAGCCGGAGGGUGACUCUUGUAUGUCUCAGGGUGGUGAAAAUCAAAUUCCCAGAGAGGAGAAACCUUAUAAAUGUUUGGAGUGUGGAAAGAGCUUCAGUAACAGUAGUGCUCUUACCUCGCAUCAAAGAUCUCAUACAGGGGAGAAACCGUAUAUAUGUUUAGAGUGUGGAAAGAGUUUCAGUCGCAAUGGUGCCCUUACCAGGCACCAAAGAUCUCAUACAGGGGAGAAACCGUAUACAUGUUUGGAGUGUGGAAAGAGUUUCAGUCACAAUGGUGCCCUUACCAGGCACCAAAGAUCUCAUACAGGGGAGAAACCGUAUACAUGUUUAGAGUGUGGAAGGAGCUUCAGUCAGAAUAGUACCCUUACCUUUCAUCAAAGAUCUCAUACAGGGGAGAAACCGUAUACAUGUUCAGAGUGUGGAAGGAGCUUCAGUAAGAGUAGCGAUCUUAAGUCCCAUCAACGAACUCAUACAGGGGAGAAACCAUAUACAUGUUCGGAGUGUGGAAAGAGCUUCCGUGACAAUCGUAGCCUUACCAGGCACCAAAGAUAUCAUACAGGGGAGAAACCGUAUACAUGUUCGGAGUGUGGAAAGAACUUCACUAGCAGUAGCCAUCUUAAGUCCCAUCAACGAAGUCAUACAGGGGAGAAACCUUAUAAAUGUUUGGAGUGUGGGAAGAGCUUCAGUCAGAGUACUGCCCUUAUCUUGCAUCAAAGAUCUCAUACAGGGGAGAAACCAUAUAAAUGUUUGGAGUGUGGAAAAAGCUUCAGUGUACGUAGUACCCUUAAAUUGCAUAAAAGAUCUCAUACAGGGGAGAAACCGUAUACAUGUUCAGAGUGUGGAAAAAGCUUCAAUCACACUGGUACCCUUACCUUGCAUCAACGAACUCAUACAGGGGAGAAACCGUAUACAUGUUCAGAGUGUGGAAGGAGCUUCAGUACGAGUAGCUACCUUAAGUCGCAUCAACGAACUCAUACAGGGGAGAAACAGCAUACGUGCUUGGAGUGUGGAUUGAGCUUCGCUCGCAGCAGUGCGCUUACUAGACAUCAACAAACUCAUAGAGGCAGCAAACCUUAUAAAUGCUGGGAAUGUGGCAAGAGCUUCAGUCGCACCGACUACCUUUCCUCGCAUGAAAGAAUUCAUACAGGGGAGAAGCGAUAUACAUGUUUGGAGUGUGGAAAGAGCUUCAGCUACAGUUGCAGCCUUACCUUGCAUCAAAGAUUGCACACAGGAGAGAAACCGUAUAAAUGUUUGGAGUGUGGCAAGAGCUUCAGUCGUGGUAGCUUACUUACAUUGCAUCAAAGAACUCAUACAGGAGAGAAACCGUAUACAUGUUCGGAGUGUGGAAGGAGCUUCAGUCACCAUAGCUCCCUUAAGUCGCAUCAAAGAAUUCAUAUAGGAGAGAAACCGUAUACAUGUUCGGAGUGUGGAAGGAGCUUCAUUCAAAGUAGCUCCCUUAAGUGGCAUCAAAGAACUCAUACAGGGAGGAAAUCUUAGAAAUGUUUGGCCUAUAGAAAGAACUUAUGUGACAAGGACUCCCUUACUAAACUGAAAAGAACCCGUACAAGGGAAACAGAAAGGUUGGAGUGUGGGAAGAUAUUUAAUCAUAUCAAAUAACUCCUACAGAGAGUAAAACAAUGAUUGUGUUCAGAAUUAGAAUUUGCUUCCAUUAGAAUUUUUAUUCCUUUUAGUGGCUGUGUUGCAGAUUAUUCUCCUGAUCAGAGUUAGAUUUACAUAGCUAUGUUCUAUUUUCUUUCUCAUGCGUUAUUUCCCAUGUAUUCAUCACUUGUAUAUAGUGGUGCUUUAAUAUUUCUCCCAUCCCCAAAAUUUGUUAAUCUGGUGUGAAUUGAUCUGAUAUUUUUCAUAGACACAAAUGCAUUCUCUGGUAUUCUGUUGACGUAUGUAAAUGACGUAUCUUUGCAAUGAGAGUAUAGCCCCUCAGAUCACAGCUCUAAUGAACAAAUGCUGUUGAAAAACAUAUACUGUAUAAUAAGCCUCAA